UGGACCUGGUAAUUGGCUGUUUGUUUGUUUUGUUUUGCUUUGAUAUUUACUUGAUAGAACACCAAGUAGUGUGUUCUACUAGUUUAUUUAUCAGCCAAACUUUUACAGAAAACAGAACUAACACAGAGUCUUGAAAACAAAGUACAACACAAGAACUAAUACAAAGUUCAACAUAAAACAACAAAACAGUAAAGGAGUUCACGAUAAUGGAAAUAACUUGCUACAGACUACAGAAACUGAACACUUUCUGCAUUCCCUGCUCUCCAGGAAAUUACAGCCCUCCACUUCCAGAAACUGACUAACCACCCCUCUCUUCCCUUCCUUCUUUCCCUUUUAACUCUCUCCCAUGUAAUUAACCAUGGUCCCCACCAAGGUGGUUUCCACUUCUUUCUCCAUUUCCCUUCUCUUGUUCACGUGCAACUGCCUCCUUUUUCCUCCUGCUAUAUUGUAAAAUAAUUGGUGGUCUAUCAUCACUUUUUCGGGAUAUGAUGAUUGAUGCUACGGGGGUGUCAACCUAGUUGAGAUGUCCCCUUUCUAUUUCUUCUUUAUUUCUCUCUUUGUAUAAUUUUCUUGUACUUAGGGUUCUUAUUAAUAAAGAAGUUUUGUCUCCGUUUCAAAAAAACAUGAAACUGCUCUCUCUCAGCAGUGUUUUCAAAGCGCAAGGGGCACCUCAAGGUGAGAGGCGACAUAAAGGCAAUGCCUGAGCGAAGCGAGGUGCAAUGAAUGAAUAAAUAAAUAAAUAAUAUAUGAGGUAGAACAUAAGUUUAUAGACAAAUGUCAAAACCUCAAAGAUUAAUAAUAGUUCUGUAAUCAAGAAAAAUGAACAAAAUCGAUUGUAUAAUUCUCUUGUACUUUCAGUUUGAGUUCUAUUUAAUAAAGAAGUUUGUCUCCAUUUCAAAAAAUAAAAAAUAAAAAUGAACAGAACUCUAUAAGUACAAGUUUAAAACACCAUCAAAUAUCAAAUUCGUCAACAUCCCCAUCUAACUCUAUGGUUUCGUCCAUUGCUCCUCGGCCAUUGUUCUCCUUGAUGUCUAAUUCCUCUUCAUCGUCGUCCUCAUCUUCAUUACUAACUACUUGUAUAGUUGGUGCUUGCUUUUGAACUCUAGAAGUGGAGGGAGAGGUAGUUGACUUUCCUUUUGAUCUAGUGUACAUGAGGGGUUCUCUAACGCCGCUAGCACGAGCUACAUCUCCCCAUGUGAGGUCGUUGUCAUAAAAAACUAGCUCAUUGUCAACUUCAGCUUCAUCAUUUUCUUCAUCCAAUGUUUCGACCAACCAUUCAUUACUCUCGUCGAUAUGAUUUAAAGAGAUUGGAUCAAGUUGAUCCUUUAGAUUUUUUUUGAAAAGGAAACAACCUCAUUUAUUAAUAAAUGAACAAUGAAACUAAAUCUUAUAGUAUAAGAGGAUUAUACGAUGAGCAUUCAAACCAAGGAUAAGGAUGUGCAUUUGAGCAUCCCAGCUAAGUUGACACCCUCUUAGUAUCCUUAUCAUAUCCUACAUAAAAAAGAUAGAACAACUAAUAACGUCCAAGUGCAGGACUAACCACAACCAAUACAACUCAAAAAGGACAUAAGAAACAACUUCUAACCAGACUAGGAAUUAAAAAUACAGCCAGACACAGAAAGAUUCUGAAACAGUUGGAAACACCAGAGGCUGUGAGCCAAAUCUGAAUCAUCAACAAGGAGGAAAGUUAAAAGGCCUGCCAGUUUAGUAAGAUAUAUUGCAUAGAGAAGUCUUUAAAUUGUUUUCGUAGAGAGCAUCACAAAGAGGCAUUCAGACGUGCGCACUCGUAUCUAUUGAACCAAGAGGAGGCUUUAUUGUGGAAGACUCGCAGAUUUCUCUCAAACCACAGUUCCAACAAAAUUUCCUUGACGGUAUUGCACCAAAGCAAGGAGGCAUUUUUUUCAUCAUAACCGGACCAAGAAGUAACUGUCUAACAUUAUUCUUGCAUUCUUUAUCAAGGUCUCAGCUGAGAUUAAAGGUGUGAAAGAGUUCACUCCUACACUUGGCAGCAUAUACACAUUUAAACAAGUGCUGGAGUUCCGCAUGAAAUUUGAGAUAGAAUGGGCAUAUAUGUGGCGAAAUAUAAUGAGUGGGUAACUUCUUUUGCAUAAUGGAUUUUCAAAUUGAACUCGUGAACAACAUAAUCGAUAGAGUUAUACUUACCCUCGGGCUUUUAGAUUUCUGAAGGCUUUUUUCCAACUGUAGGUCCAUCGGAGUGGCAGGAGAUAAGUGCUUCGAUAAUGACUUUACUGAAAAAACCCCAUUAGUUUCCAUUAACCAGAUUCUUUUAUUCUCAAUAUUGGAUAAUCUUGUCCUUUCCAAGGAGCCCAGGAGAAGUUGAAAAUUAGAGAUUUCAAGCUCCUAACAAUCUUCUGAAAUCAAGAAACCCAGAGGAAGUGGAGGCGUUCCAAUGUUCUACAACCGAGCCUUUUGGAUUAAGGGCAAUUCUGUACAGCUUGGGAGUGUGGUCUUCAAAGCAAUUCUAUCCAUUCAUGGAUCCAACCAAAACAAAAUUUGGUCACCCUUUCCAACUUUAAAAGCUGCCACACUAUCUAGAAAUAUUUAUCCAAGGGCUUCUUAAACUUGAAUUUUCUUUGCCACUUGUGUGCCACUGAAAGAGGCUACUCCCGUGAAUACUACAAACCACCUUAUACCAUGUAGAGUUUUGUUCUGUCAUGAACCUCCACCUUCACUUGGCAAGAAGAGUAAUGUUUCUAAAUUUCAGCUUGUCCAGCCCAAGGCCCCCAUCUCCUUGGGGUUUGGAAACUAAUUCCCAUUUCACUAGGUGGUUCAACUUGCUACCGUUGUUCCCUUCUCAAAAGAAGUUCCUCCAUGGUUCUUUCAAUGGAAUUAGAGAUUUUUUUGGCAUGAGGAAUGUGGACAUGUAGUAGGUGGGAAGAUUGGAGAGCAUGGACAUGCAAUGAGUAAGCCUUCCUCCUCUUGAAAGAUCGAACCACUUCCAUUUAUCUAUGUUCUUUUGGAUUUAUCUAAACAGACUGCCAAAAGUGAACAUUUUUUGGAUAUCCUCCCAAAGGAAGACCUAGAUACAUCAAAGGGAGUUUUUCUAUUUAGCAAUUCCUCAUGGAUGCCGCUAAGGAGACCUAGAUAUUAAUUCUGCAUAUAGAUGACUUUUCCCAAUUUAUCUUUUGGCCAUAACACUAAAAUAUUUCAAGCGUCUUUUUAACGUUUUCAUGAAUAACUUCAUCAAACUUGGAAAAUAUUAAGGUGUUGUCUGCAAAUUGAAGGAGGGGAACAUGAACAUUGUUCUUUCCUACCAUGAAACCUUCAUACAAACCGUUCAAGUGUAGAUUUGGGAUGAAACUACUAAGCACUUUGCUAACCAGAAGAAAAGAAAGAGGGAAAGGGGAUCCCCUUGCUUUAACCCUCUUGAGGUUUGAAUUCUUCCUCUGGGCCUCCCAUUGACGAAUUCUGAAUACUUAGGGUUUUUAACACAAUCCAUGAUCAAUCCAGCACACAAGCAGCAGAGACAGCGGAGUUUGAAGGCGUUUUCGGAGGCAGUGUCUGUUCCUAACAGAGAAAACUAGGGUUUUCACGACUAUGUCUUGCUUGGAUAUACAGCAAGUUCUCAAUGAUUACAAAACCAAAGACCCACUCACCAUCACUACUCUCAAGCUCAAUCAAAAGGCUCUUUCUGAUAUAAAUGGUUUGUCCCUUUUCAAAAACUUGGAGAAGCUUGAUUUGACAUUCAACAAUCUCACAUCGCUUUAGGGGUUGGAGUCAUGCACCAAUUUGAAGUGGCUCUCAGUUGUACAAAACAAACUUGAUAACUUAAAAGGAAUUGAAGGGCUUUCUAGACUUAAUGUAUUAAAUGCGGGAAAGAAUAAGCUUCGGUCAAUGGACGAAAUUAGACCCCUUGUUGGCUUUUGUGCUUUGAUUUUGAAUGACAAUGAGAUUGCUUCUAUUUGCAAGCUUGAUCAGAUGAAGAACCUGAAUACUCUGGUUCUUUCUAGAAAUCCAAUCCACAGUAUUGGAGAUUCUCUGUUGAAAGUGAAUUCAAUGAAAAAGCUAUCCCUUUCUAACUGCAAACAUCAAUCUAUUGAAUCCCUCAAGUUUUGUAUCGAACUUAAAGAGCUUAGACUUGCUCACAAUGAAAUCAGGAUGCUCCCCAAUGCUUUGGCUCAUAACAAGAAGUUGUUGAAUUUGGAUUUGGGAAAUAAUGUCAUCAUGAGAUGGUCAGAUUUAAAGGUAUUGAGUUCAUUAGGCUAUCUGAGGAAUAUUUAUGUUCGAGGGAAUCCUAUUGCUGAAAGUGCUAAGUUAGAUAAAAAGAUUUGUCGACUGGUUCCAGGCUUGCGUGUAUUGAAUGCGAGAUCAAUUGAUAAAUGCAUUCAGAAUGAGAAUGAUAAUGGGAGUGAUAAAGAAGACGACACUCCAAUCAGGAGCCUAGAUCGUCAAAAAGAGAAAAAGGAUAGAAAACUGAAUGGGAAUGUUGAAACACACCCGUCUGUUCAAGGCACUGAUGGCAAACUUGAUCAUACUAAUGGUGCUGAUGUGGACAGGAAGUUGGAACGCAAAAAACGUAAGAUGGAUAAGGUCACCAGGGAGGAGAAAGUAAUUCCAUCUCUUGACAAUAAGAUAAAUCUCGGUACCAAUGAUAUUGAUAAGGAAAAGAAGACUUCAAAGCAGAAAAGAACAAAAAGCAAUAAGGAGCCAUCUUUGCCAAUACACAAGGAGACACUUACCAAGAUUGAAAACCAUAAGAAGAAAGCAAAGAAGGAAGGGGAAAGGCAGAUUGGUGUUAUUGACGACGCUGAAGUGCCAUUUGAACAGCUUUUCGGAGAUGAUCUUAUUGAAGACAUGGAUGCUGUUCUCCAAAAGGUUGGUGAGAAAGAAGUAGAGGAGAUGAAUUUAAAGCCUAACUUGGCAUCAUUUUCAGCUAAUAGAAAGGAAUCUAAAAGCCAAGAUCGAGUUGGAAGGUUACAAAUAUCCCCAAUAGUUGAAAUUGGAAUGGACGGAAUAUCAACAUGGGGGGAUGAGUAAUUGCAAUGCAAAGGCAUUCAGUUACUUGGGAAAAUUUGGAUCAAUCAUGGCAGCACCGUGGUCGGACAGGUGUGGAAUGCAGUAAUAGAAAAAGAGAAUGGGUUUUAGAAACUCAUUUCAGUUGUUGGUCUUGCAAUGAGCUAUGAAGCGUAAGCUACUGUUGUUGGGAGACUUGACUUUUGAUUUGGGGGAGUUCAUGAGAUGGAGGAUUUUUACUUUUCUGACUUAAACAAGUGACAUGCCAAAAGAUUUUGUAGCUUGUUGGUACCUGGGCAAGUUCUAAUUUGAAACUUACAUAUUUCUUCUUCAACAGCCUUAAAAUAGUGCAUAAUUAGAACUGUUAAUGCCUAAAUUGAAACAGAGGUGUUUGGGGGUAUAUUAUUUCAGUUUUUAUAUUAUUUCUAUAAUAGAGUUUGCCUUGUGUCUCUUAAAAAAAAAACAACACAAUCCAUGAUCGAAGAGAUGAUCCAUCAAUGAUUGAAAUUUUUCUGCUUCAAAAUUCUUUCCAAGAAACCCCAAUCAACUCGAUCAAAUGCCUCUCCAAGGUCCAGUUUGUAAUCCAUCCUUGCUUUUUUUGGACCUAUAAUACUCCACAACUUUAUUUGCAAUAAGUACAGGAUCCAGAAUUUGGCGGCCAUCCAAAAAGGCACUUUGAGUGAGAGCUCUAAUACUGGGCAUAAUUAUCUUCAUUCUUUCAGCAAGCACUUUUGCAAUCAAUUUGUACAGCAAAGUAGUGAAACUUAUGGGCCGGAAAUCAAUUACCUUUACUGCAUCUUCCUUUUUCUUGAUCAAGCAAAUAAAUUUCUCCUUUACAUGCAUUUAGUUUCCCAGUCCCAUAGAACUCAUUGAAUAAUUUACAAAGAUUUUCCUUGAGGAGAUCCCAAAAUUUGAUGAAGAAUUCUACUGUGAAGCUAUCCGGACCUGGAGCCUCUGUUUCUUCCCAUUGAUUUUAAUGCUGCCCUGAUCUCCACCAAACUAAAUUUUGAAAUAAGCCUUUUAUUUUGAUCUGCUGAAACUACAGACCAAUAAAAAACGGAGGUGUGAGGAGAUUUCUCAUAGAGGGUGCUGUAGAAAUCAAGUAUUAAAUGCUCAAUUUCAAAGAAUAAAGUGGUUGGGUUUCCUUGAUUAUUAACAAGCUUCGGAAUUAGACUUCUUUUUUUUUUUUUUCCCCCGAUGAGAACGAUGGAAGAAACUCAUAUUUUUGUUCCCCAAUUUCAGCCAAGUCAACUUAGUUUUCUGGAUUAUAUCUCUUUCCUCCCUUCUACAAAGAGCUAGAAGAUCCACUCUCUUAUUAACAAUAAGUGAUCCACUGUGCACGUAUCCGGUUGAUCAUAUUUUUUCUCUUCUAGUGCGAUGGCUUUUAAUAAGGUUUCUUCAUGACUUUUCUGUUUUCUUUCAUAAUCUGAAUGCCAUGAUUUGAGUUGACCCUUAAUGUUUUGGAGUUGAGUUGAUAAGGCAAAGCCCAUCCAGCCCGGAGGAGUGCUUGUGGUUAAUGAAUUUUCAAUAAAUUGGCAGCAAUGCUUGUCUAGCAACCAGCUGUUGCAAAAUCGAAAA